AUGGAAGUAAUUUAUCAAAAACUUAAAAUUUAUGAUACACAUGUUGAAAAAGAAUUCCGCUUCAACAAUAAAAAUACACAAAUUGUUUCUGUUUGGCUUAAUUUAACUGAAGAUAAAGAAAAAGAAUUCAGGCAUUCAAAAUUACUAGAAGAAGACCUACAUACUGAUAAAAUCUUGAACAAGAAUGAAA